CACUGUAGUGUGUCUGUGUACACUAUAAACUCUGUCUGAUAAACAGUGUUUUAAUUCAUUCAGUUUUAUUUUAGUAAGAAUGAAGCCUAGGGGAGGAAUCAGUUUUAUAAAACAGUUCCGUUGCUUUUUAGACAUGACUUCAACUGCAGCUUCACUGUUUCAGGGAUCUGAGCACAGUGCCCUGUACGCUAAAUUCCGUCCUGUUGCACCAAUCUCUUUAGUUCAAGAUAUAAUAAAGUAUCAUGGAACUGCAGAGAAUAAACUGCAAACAUGUGUUGAUGUUGGAUGUGGAUCAGGACAGUUUACUCAGCUUCUUAUACCAUUUUCUCAUCAUAUUAUAGGACAGGAUAUCAGCCCAACUCAAAUAAAAGAGGCUAAAGAGAUUUUCUGUGAUUCCAACAUAGAGUUUAGAGUUGGAUCUGCAGAAAGCAUUGAUAUUCCUGAUUCUAGUGUUGACCUAGUCACCAUUUCUCAAGCUCUUCAUUGGGUUCAGGUUGAAGAAUUUUACAAAGAAGUUGACCGUAUUUUAGUCCCAGGAGGAACUCUAGCUGUGGUAGGAUACCAGUUUACCUGCCCCCAUCAGACUUGGACCAACAAUAGAACCUUGAAGGACGCCCUUCACACGGUUUAUUCAGAAACUAAAGAUUAUUGGAGCUCUGAAAGAAGGCUUGUAGACAACGAAUACCAUGAUAUCCCACAAGCUGAUCUGAAAGAUUAUACCAGAAAAAACGAACAUUUUACUUCAAUGAACGGAAGUUUAGCAGAUUGGAUUGGUUAUAUUUCUACAUGGUCCGGAUAUCAAAGUUUAAGGAAGAAAGAAGGAGACGAGGUCGCUGGCCAAGUCCUAAACAGAUUUAAGCAGGACUGCCUUAAUAUCUUAGGAUGGAACAAGAUUCUGGUUGAUCAUGUACAGGAAGGAACAAGAUUCUGGUUGAUUAUGUACAGUAAUUAUGAUUCCAUGACUUUUACUUGCAAGACUUUUAUCUGUAUAACAUUUUACUGCAAAUUAUGUUAGAUUAUUCGCACAUGAAAUUGGAACAGUUUUGCAUAUAUUCUAUUUAUAACAGGAACAGUUUUGCCUAUAUUCUAUUCAUAACUGGAACAGUUUUGCAUAUAUUCUAUUUAUAACUGGAACAGUUUUUCAUAUAUUCCAUUUAUAACUGGAACAGUUUUGCAUAUAUCCUGUUUAUAACUGGAACAGUUUUUGCAUAUAUUCUAUUUAUAACUGGAACAGUUUUGCAUAUAUCCUGUUUAUAACUGGAACAGUUUUGCAUAUAUCCUGUUUACAGCUGAAACAGUUUUGCAUAUAUCCUGUUUACAACUGAAACAGUUUUGCAUAUAUCCUGUUUACAACUGAAACAGUUCUGCAUAUAUCCUGUUUAUAACUAAAACAGUUUUGCAUAUAUUCUAUUUAUAACUGGAACAGUUUUUGCAAAUAUUCUAUUUAUAACUGUAACAGUUUUGCAUAUAUUCUAUUUAUACCUGGAACAGUUUUGCAUAUAUUCUUUUUAUUACAGGAACAGUUUUGCAUAUAUUCUAUUUAUAACUGGAACAGUUAAGCAUAUACUCUAUUUAUAACAGGAACAGUUUUGCAUAUUUUCUAUUUAUAACUGGAACAGUUUUUGCCUAUACUCUAUUUAUAACAGGAAUAGUUUUGCAUAUAUUCUAUUUAUAACUGGAACAGUUUUGCAUAUAUUCUAUUUAUAACUUAUGAUUUAAAUGAAAUUUUGUUUAUUCUAAAUUGUAAUUUGAAUAUUUAGACAAUCACGAGAAUUAUACUUACGAACAAAUUAAUUUUAGAAAUAAAUUCAAUCCGAAAAAAUUGAGUUCCUAAUCAGCAAAUACUGUUAAAAAAAUUUUCUAUUUCAAUUCCAACGUUAUAUGAUUAUUUUGCUACGAUUUUUUUGUAUAAAGAAAUAUUA